AUGACCUUUGCGGCGGGGAAUUCAGAAUCUCAAUUAGGAAAGAAUCAAGUCAGAACCCCGAAAAUCUCUGAAAAGGCAAUCAUUGAUACAACAAACAGAUUUGGUAGUUUGGAGGUAGAUUUGGGAUCCGGGAAUCUAGAGGUGAAUAUGGGGUCGGAGGCAAAUAAGGAAAAUGAGGGAAUGAUGAACCAAUUAAGAAAGGGAAGGAGUGAUACACAAGGUAAAGUUUUUAUUGGCGAGGAUAAAGGAAGAAGUGAGGUGAAAAUGGGUCUGAAAGAGAGAAAGGCUGGGAAUAAUAAAAUGGUGAAGAAUAUUGGGCCUAAGGCAAAUAAGCCCAUUCGACCUACAGAGGUUUGA